AACAUAUUGGCAAAAUGAAGAACACAACAAAAAUCUUAAUUCUCUGUCUUGUAAUUUCUCUGUCUGUCUCUUCCAAAGCCAAAGCCCACGAUGUUUUUCCCAACCACGACGGUAUGCACUCCGACCCUCCGCCGCCGCCGAUGGGUCCGAUGAGCGGCGGCUCCGAUGACGACAUGCACUCUCACGGGAUGCCGUCGUCAUCGGGCAUGACGAUGAUGCACAUGACAUUCUUCUGGGGAAAAAACACCCAAGUUUUAUUCUCCGGCUGGCCGGGCAACCAGUCCGGCAUGUAUGCGCUGGCGUUGAUUUUAGUGUUUUUGCUGGCGGUGUCUGUAGAGUGGCUGUCUCGUUGGCGGCUGAUGACGGAGAUGGGGCCGAGAAAUUUCGCCGCCGGGAUCGUGCAGACGGCGGUGCAUGGGGUUAGAAUCGGAAUUGCGUACUUGGUUAUGCUUGCUUUGAUGUCGUUCAAUGGCGGCGUUUUUAUCGCUGCCAUCGCCGGUCAUUCAUUUGGGUUUCUGAUUUUUGGGAGCAGAGUCAUGAACAACACGAAAUCAAAGCCGUACCAGCAGGGUACAGCCGAUCUUCCAUCUGGAGUUUGCUGAGCAAGUAAAUUCUUUUAAGUCUUUCUUAGUUAUCCUAUCCUUGUGGUUAUUAAUUUGGUCACUAAUUCAUCCUGUA